ACAUCAACCAGCCAAUUGGGUUUUACAGAAGACAUGUAACUUGGAACAUAAAGAUUUUUCUUGGGUUAAACGACAAAAUGCUAUUGUACCUAUCCUUUCUGAGCCAGGUUAUAUAAGAUUCUUCCCUACCUUGUGGAGGACUCUGGAGUUGCCCAUCGAAUGUUCGGUGGAAGAACACGAAUAACCUGGAUAUGGUGCCAAAAGAUCUCCAAAUGAUUUUAUAGUUUGACCCAAUGAUUCUUCUGGAUAUAUAUUUCUCUCUUCAAGAAUAAGUGCAAAGUCCAAAUCCUGCUCACUGGAAGAUAUUUUUAUUUUAAGAUCAUGGACCAUCUUACUAGGGAGAAAGAUGAAAGGCGAACCGGAAAAGGAAAUCCAGCAAGAAGUUCACACAGUUCCCGAGCAUCAAGUUCCACUUCAGCCUCUGGUGUUCUUAUGGUUGGGCCCAAUUUCAGAGUUGGCAAGAAGAUAGGCAGUGGAAAUUUUGGAGAGCUCAGGCUAGGCAAAAAUCUUUAUACAAAUGAAUACGUAGCAAUCAAACUGGAGCCAUUAAAAUCUCGUGCCCCACAGCUGCAUUUAGAGUAUAGGUUUUAUAAACACAUUGGCUGCACAGUUGAAGGCUUCCCCCAGGUGUUUUACUAUGGGCCGUGUGGAAAGUACAAUGCCAUGGUGCUUGAGCUCCUUGGUCCAAGUUUGGAGGACUUAUUUGACCUUUGUGAUAGAACAUUCACUCUGAAGACAGUCUUAAUGAUAGCAAUCCAGCUGAUCUCUCGAAUGGAAUUUGUGCACUCAAAGAAUCUCAUUUAUCGAGAUGUCAAGCCAGAAAACUUCCUUAUUGGACGACAAGGAAAUAAGAAAGAACACAUCAUCCACAUAAUAGACUUUGGACUGGCCAAGGAGUACAUUGAUCCUGAAACCCAAAAACACAUACCUUACAGGGAACACAAGAGUCUAACUGGAACAGCAAGAUAUAUGUCCAUCAACACCCAUCUUGGCAAAGAGCAAAGUCGUCGAGAUGACUUGGAAGCCCUUGGACAUAUGUUCAUGUAUUUCCUUCGAGGCAGUUUGCCCUGGCAAGGCCUUAAGGCUGAUACAUUAAAAGAGAGAUACCAGAAGAUUGGGGACACAAAGAGGAACACUCCAAUUGAUGUUCUCUGUGAGAACUUCCCAGAGGAGAUGGCAGCUUAUCUUCGUUAUGUCAGACGAUUAGACUUCUUCGAGAGACCAGACUAUGAUUAUCUACGAACAAUCUUCACAGAGUUAUUUGAAAAGAGAGGAUUCACCUUUGAUUACGCCUACGACUGGGUUGGCAGGCCAAUUCCCACUCCAGUGGGGUCCAUGCAUGUGGAGUCUGGACCAUCUGUAAGAGACAUCCAUGCACAUAGGGAUCGAUCAUCGAUGCAGCCUCUCCGAAAUCAGUCUGCAUCAGAACGUCGCGGAGAAUGGGAAAUGGCACCAAUGCGACAAGCCAAUGCUUUGUUUCUGCAAUCUCACUUAACUUCAGAUCGGCAUGGGGGAUCAGUACAGGUGGUAAGCUCGACCAAUGGUGAGUUGAACAUCGAUGAACCAACAGGAGCACCUUCCAAUGUACAAAUUGCAGCACGUACUGAGGUGGAAGUAGUGGAGGAAGCUAAUGAAUUAAUUUCAUAGGUGAAGGCCACCCAGUGUCCACUCCAGGCUUCUCAUAAGAGACUGGUUUGUCUGGUUCUGUCAACCUGCCUGUGUCAUCUGUAAUGGAAGCCAUCUGUGCAGCAUAAGUCACCCUAGCUUCAUGCAUGCCUCCCAGGUUUUACAGAUCAACUUCCUUCACUUAUGUUGUUCAUUUUAUCAUUGAUUAAAAUACACCAUGUCAAAACCUA